UAAAAACCGCCAUUGAAACCCGUUGAGGGUUUAACAGUCGAAGACUCGAACUCUCGAAGUCCUUCUCCUUCUCCUUCUCCUUCUCCUCAAACCCUUCAAUCCUUCAUAAUUCAUUCAAUCAGAGGAGCAAGCAAAAAUGUCUUCAAAAUCGAAGAAAAAAUCACCAAAAACUCCAUUAUCAAAGCUUCAAUCAUCACAACAAGAAAACCCCCCUUCUUCACCUUCUCCCCAAUCUUCUUCCUCCCAUUUCUCAGAAAUUGACUUCCACAAUACCCUCGAAGAAGCUUCCAGAAAGUUCCCUUCUUUCGUUACCAAAUCUUCUCUCAUUGCUCAACUAUCCGAGUUCGACUCCUCUUCCCAGCAAAAGGGUUGCAAAAUUUGGCUCUCUGAAGCUUCUAUGCUAGCUUCUUCCAUCUCCCCUGCCUCCCUUGUUUCGGUGUCGCUCGCUUCAGUAGAUCAAUAUUCGACGAGUGGUUUCCCUCUAAGUUCAUUGCCAACAGAAUGCAGUGAACACUUUGGAGUUGAUUGGAAUGGGAGUUUGGAUGACAAAUUAGGGAACUACUUUAUCCUUGCAACAGCAUUUCCUUCUAGUAAGCUUGUUAAGAAUGGUGUAAGAAUUUCUCAUAACCUGUUAUACUCAUUGGGUUGUCCUUUAGUUGGGAGAAUUGUCUUUGUGCAACCUAUUCAGGGUGGAUCGUUGACUAGGCUUGUACAUGGCAAUGGAAAGCUUCAUGGCUCUCCUGUAGACCAUUCUUCAGUGUAUUACUGCAAGGAACUAUCAAUAAGACUGUUACCUUUCAAAAAAAAAUUAGCAUCGAGUAUGGAUGCAUCUUCCCCAUCUAGAAAUUGUACAGACAAAACCCCUAAUCUGUAUGAAAGUGGAAACCCUUCUUCCCCUAGAACACCCUCACUUGAACGCUCAAGACAGUCCUCUCCAAGUCCUAGCAAGAGUUUGUUGGCAUCCGAAGAUGCAGCUUCUAAUUUGAAUGGCAUAAAGAGAUCUUAUUGCGACGCAGUCGAAAUGAAAGAGAUUCUAGGGGAUAAAGAUGCCAAAAAACUUCUGCAGCGUACUGCUGUUUCGUGGUUUUGUUCUCGUGCUUUACUCUGUGGAAAUCUCGUGACAAUCCCAGUGCUUUCUAGACUUUGCCUUUGCGAAGUGGUGGGUUUGAAAAGCUUUUCAUCUGAUAGUACUGGCAGAGACCCUAUUCAAACUUCUCUAGUUCAUGGUAGUGAUGAGGCAUUCAUCAUAGAUCGGUCAACAAAAGUGAAAAUUGGCUGCCAAUCAAUAGUACCAACAGAGACUCAAGAGGAAAGAAUAUCAACUUCUGGUGAAAUGGAAUCUAAGAACGUCAAUAUAAAAACGGGAGAUGAAGUUAUGAAGUUAGGUGGACUAUGUAAGGAAUACGCACUUCUGCGAGAUAUUAUUUCUGCAUCGAUGAAGAAUUCCUUGUCAAGUCUGGGUUUACGAACUACGAAAGGAGUGCUGCUUCAUGGGCCACCAGGCACUGGGAAGACGUCCUUGGCUCAACUCUGUACUCAAGAUGCCGGGGUUAAUCUCUUCAAGGUGAAUGGGGCUGAAAUUGUUAGCCAAUAUCACGGGGAAAGUGAACAGGGACUCCAUGAUGUCUUUAAGUCAGCUAGUGAAGCUGCACCCUCUGUGGUUUUUAUUGAUGAGCUGGAUGCUAUUGCUCCAGCCAGAAAAGAAGGUGGUGAAGAGCUAUCCCAAAGGAUGGUUGCUACAUUACUGAAUUUGAUGGAUGGGAUAAGCAGAACAAACGGUCUUUUUGUAAUUGCUGCUACCAACAGGCUCGAGUGUAUUGAGCCUGCACUUAGACGGCCUGGAAGACUAGAUAGAGAAAUUGAAAUAGGUGUACCAUCUCCUGAUCAACGACUUGAUAUAUUGACUACUCUUCUUGAUGAAAUGGAACAUUCUCUUUCACUUGCUCAAGUCCAGCAGCUUGCUGUGGUUACACACGGUUUUGUCGGAGCAGAUCUGGCCGCUCUUUCAAAUGAGGCGGCUAUGGUCUGCUUAAGGCGUUUUACUCAGUCAAAUAAUUUUAUAUGUGAUCUUAAUUUUAAAAGCUCUACUAAUGAUGGCUCUGAUGUGGUGACUGAAGGUUGCUGUUAUGCAAGAAAUCAUAGUGAAUCAUUUGUAGAGGAUCAUGAGGCUUCCUCUUGUUCAGAAUAUUUGGAAUUGGCCGACUCAAGUACUUCUGUUCAAUAUCCUAGCUCUGGGGAAACAAUGGUUACGCUUAACAACGAGAAAGUAGCUUUAGGCAGUUCUGGGUUUUCUUCGACAACAGAUUAUAUGUUGAAGAUAACCUUUGAAGAUUUUGAAAGGGCUAGAAUGAAAAUACGUCCAAGUGCUAUGCGUGAGGUAAUUCUUGAGAUCCCUCGGGUCAAGUGGGAAGAUGUUGGUGGACAGGAGGAAGUGAAGGCACAAUUGAUGGAAGCUGUUGAGUGGCCUCAAAAGCACCAGGAUGCAUUCGAGCGAAUUGGAACUCGCCCACCAACAGGAGUGUUGUUGUUUGGUCCCCCUGGAUGCAGCAAAACGCUCAUGGCCCGUGCUGUAGCUUCUGAGGCAGGACUGAAUUUUCUGGCUGUCAAGGGUCCAGAGUUAUUCAGCAAGUGGGUUGGUGAAUCUGAGAAGGCUGUUAGAUCUCUUUUUGCCAAAGCAAGAGCUAACGCUCCAUCAGUUAUAUUUUUUGAUGAAAUAGACAGUCUUGCUGUCAUCCGUGGAAAGGAAAGUGAUGGUGUUUCAGUUGCAGAUAGGGUCAUGAGUCAACUUUUGGUUGAAUUGGAUGGUCUACAUGGAAGAGUUAAUGUUACUGUUAUUGCUGCUACAAAUCGUCCUGACAAGAUUGAUCCUGCCCUUCUUAGACCAGGGCGGUUUGAUCGACUCCUAUAUGUUGGACCCCCUAGUGAAACAGAUCGUGUUGACGUGUUUCAUGUUCAUUUGCGUAAAAUGCCUUGCGGUUCUGAUGUUGAUGUGAGCGAGCUGGCUCAUCUCACUGAAGGUUGUACUGGUGCAGACAUAUCAUUGAUCUGCAGGGAAGCAGCAAUCUCAGCAAUUGAAGAGAACCUAAAUUGUUCAGAAAUAAAGAUGGAGCACUUGAAAACUGCAAUUCUUCGUGUACACCCAUCAGAGAUUCAACCUUAUCAAGAAUUGUCAGACAAGUUUCAGCGGCUAGUACAUUCCAAGUCUCCAUCAGAGGCAUGUGAACAUCAGCUUAAUAGACCAAAGGAGUUAUCAUCCUGCAGGAACCCGGUGAAGUGGAUUCAACAGCUUGCACUUUGGUAAAACUGAAGCUAAUAAUGUUCCAGAAUCACCACAGAUUCAUUUCUUCAUGCAUGCAUGUAUUUACUUGGAUGCAUGCAUUAGUGCAAAAUUGGCCUUGCGACAAAGUAUAUACGGGGAAAUUUAGUCGAACAAAUCUCAUAUGAGUUAAUAUGAUGAUGAAGCCCACAAGUUGUAUUGGAAACGGGGAUCAACGCGCAAUCACUGGGAGUAGAGGAAUGUCUGAUACUAAAUUUGUGACAUAUUCCUAAGGGUAGGAACCAACAGAUUUUGGACAAACAGUUUGUUACAUUUGGUGGGGUUGUUUAUACACAUAUUGUAGUAUUUGGGUUUAUGUAGGCACAUUUUGCUGCCCUCAAUUUUGGUAUAAGAUUAGUAAGUAUAUGGAUGAUUGAUGUUUGUAUUAUUUUGGUUGAGCAAAGAUUGUUGUCACUGUCCUACACAGCUGGGGAUGGUCUAUUCGUGUUGGCUCCCUGUUGUCAACAUUCGCAAUUUGGAACUUAUGUUUCUCGAAACGCAUAAUUCAGUCUUUUUUUUUUUUAAUGAAAUUUGAAGUUUUAUAUCGCUCUA